AUGGAUACAACUGUGGAUACCACUGUCCCCAAGGUGGUGAAGAAGCGUGGUGGUCCGGCUUGUUCGGACUGCAAGUCCAAGAAGAAGCGUUGCGCCCAUCGUGGUGCAGAGGGUGAGACUGAGUUGGCAUCUAAGGCCACGCUUGCUCCGGCCCCGGCUUCUGCUAUGAAGACCAGGAAGCACCAGAGAGAGGGCACGAUCAAGACUCCGGCCUCCGAUGACGCUCCUCCGAGCCCCAAGAAGGUGAAGAUCGAGAAGACGACGACCAAGAAGGCCAUCAAGGCCAAGACCACCGCCACCAAAGCAAAGGGGAAGGGGAAGACCACCAUCAAGGCCGACCCUGAAGUCGAUGAAGAAAUCCAGACUGAGAAGAAACAUCAGCCUGUGAAGCGCGUCAAGCGCAAGCAGGCUGCCAAUCCCUCUCCCCCAGAUCGUCCUGCCCCUGGCCCUGCCGCAGACGACGCAGACGCCGAUGUCACGUCCACUCCUCCGGUCUCUUGUUUCGCCGCCUCAGAACCCAUGCCCGACCACCCCACCGAUGCUUUGGAGGGCACUAUGCGGAUGAGCGUGCACACAGUCUGGUCGCAGAAGCUGCAAACGCACCUUGCCGAACUGAAGGCGGACUUCCAAGCCGCCAAGGAAGCAACAGAUGCCGCCAUCGCCUCUGCUGAUGCCGUGGUGGAGACCGUUGAGAUAUGGGAAGCGAUAUGGCGCAAGGGCCAGUGA